AAUUUGACAUUCAGUGAAAUUGAAAAAUAUCUAAUACGGGGAGCGAGUUCACAAUUUUGUAUAAAAUUACAAAUGAAAACGAUGGUUUCAGUGGAUUUUUCUAAAUAAAAGAAAUGUCGUCGAAAUUGCCCCCAUUUAUCUUACAAGAACUGCCAAAUAUAAGCGAGACUAUUCAAUUUCCACUACAAAGUGUUCAACGCAUAAAGUACACAUGCUUUGAUGUAUCAAAAACAUUCAUUGCCUUCGGUGCCACCAGUGGAGGGAUCUACGUGUUCAACCGUAACCCAUGUGAAUUUAUACAACUGAUUCCAAAUAAGGAUGGAGCUAUAACUCGUUUGGCAAUAUCAUCAGAUGACAAACACAUAGGCUUUGCGAACGGUCGAGGUGUAGUCACAGUAACUGCUUGUAAACAGUCGCUGAGUGGAGGACAUUCUACGGUGACUUCAAAAGAUCACCAAAAUAACGAAGUCACUGCUAUGACAUGGGGUGACACCAGUAUGCUAUUCACUGGUGAUGAUGUCGGCAGAAUAUCCGUGUUGCAGCUUCAAGGAUUCAUUGCCAAAACUAUGUUCCAGAGUUCGUCGCAAACUAUAAUGAAUUUAGACUCACGUAUAUGCCAAAUAGACGUAAAAGAUUCCAUGUUACUUGUGUCCACACUUACCAGAAGUUACAUCUGUGACACUUCCCAGGAACAAUACAGGCAAAUAGGUCAGAAACUUAGAGAUGGGGAUUAUGGAGCGUGUUUCUUUGACAGAGACAAAUCUCUCGAUAACUGUACCCAUACACAUCAUAAUAUUACAGAGAUUAAGAAGUAUAAUAUAGUAGAUAACGAUACAGGAUUUGUUGUAAAUAAGAAACUAGCAAACACGGAUAUAUAUUGUGCCCGACCUUCGUCUAGAUUGUGGGAAGCUAGCAUAAACGGUACAGUAAAACGAACACAUCAGUUUAAACAUGCAUUAGCCAAAAAACCCAUGCCUCUACUAUCCCUAGAAUCGUAUAACAAUGAAAAUAUUUACCUGGAAAAACCUGCAGUCAAUGGCGAUGGUCAAUCAAUAAAUUUUCCCAAAAUUUACAAUUUGAAUGGUACAAUAUUCUCGUUUAGACGGAACGCUUUGUAUUUUCUGAAUCUCGACAGUGUCGAUGAGUCCCUGUGGUACUCGUUCAAUGAUAUUAUAGAUUGUAAAGUUUAUCAUGACUUGAUAUACAUUUGGCUAUCAGAUGGUUCCUUUGUAAAUUUUAGAUAUAUGAAAAUUGAAAAGUUUCUUAUUAAGUGUUAUGUAGAUGCGAAAUUUAGACUAUGUGCUGAAAUGUGUGCCUUGUUCAGAGAUUUUCUCCUUUCGAAAUGUUUGUCUAGUAAAAUGCACAUUAUAGUUGGUUUGAGAGAUAAAUUGCAAGACAAGGAGUUGUUGGACAGUAUAGGAGACGUUUUAAAUAAAUUUGAUAGUUUAAAAUCAAAUGAUGCUACGCAAAUGAAAUCGGGAAUAUUCGUUGUGGAUAACACUUAUCAUACAUCUUGUAUGUUGGAAGAAGAUUGCGAUACGCAAGAUCAGAAUAUAAACGAAGAAAAUAAGUUCACAACGCUAUCUCCUGAAGCGUUGCAAGCAUUCAAAGAUCUCAGUGUAUCAGUGUCUGAUAAAAUAAGUACGAGCAAGAAAAUUCUAAGAGAAAAAUGGGAGGAUUUCGAAGGAAAAAUGAAAAAUCUCACUGUAGAAAAGCCACAAGUUCAAGAAGUUAGUCUUCCAAAGCGACUACCUCCUGACAACGUGGAAUACAUGCCAGAACUGUUAGGCGAAGAUAUCAUUUACAAAGAAUCUAGUCAGAAAGCCAUCGAAAUAGACAAUAAUAGUUUAGCACAAGACAAAGUGUGCAAAUUUCUCUAUCAAUACUUUAGGUUAAGUCUAGUCGGUAAGGAGUCGGAACGAUCGAAUUUAGUUUCCACUAUCGAAAGCAACGCCUGUGAUAUUAGUCAGAUCUACGAACUUAUGUUACAAUUAGAACAAUACUGUUUGUCUGUUGGAGCCCAAGAGGAAUCCAAGUAUGUUCCGAAUAAUAUUUUUCUAACGUACUUGAGUUGUUCAACUAGGAAAACUAAAUUAUUGGACGCUAUCAUAAGCGAUGAAGUUCUAUAUAAAUACUUUGUUGAUUCAUGCAUAUCUGUGAAUGUUAAAACUCAGAGACUUUCGAAUUUGGGGUGUGAAUGUGGUUUUCCUUUGCCUUACACACGAACGCAUCAGAAUCCCGUAUUUUGCGAACUAAUAGACGAAUUUAUCGAGAGACAAUGGUCUAGCAACUCGAGAGAACAGUGCUAUGACAUAUGCAAAAGAAUGCCGUAUCUUUGGAGGAAGAUAUUGUAUUUGAGAAGGAACGAGGACUUGCACAACGUGUUGAGAGUGCUUUUACAGAUGUUAGAUGAGAACUUACUGCAUUCGUUUUUGCCACAAUUCACGCUGGAAAUUUGGGAUGGGGCGAUAAGGCUUUACGCUACCUUACACGCUAAUAUGUGUCUGAAUUGCAAUAAGAAGUUCCAUCAUGUUUCUGUUAAGGAUAUGCUGAGUUGGGACGAUGUGGGAGCUCUCAUUAUUAAAUCUGUGGGAGGAAAAAAUGCUAUGAAAGUUCUGGAGAAGCACGCAAGGUUGAUAGAUAUUGGGGAGUUGACGAUGAAGUUUUAUCACACAGCGUUACUUGUGGCGAUGUACGAGAAAUAUGAUUCGACGAUAACUUGCCAGUUGACGGAUGCUUUGUACGGCGCGUACGCUUUCGAAGAUUCCAGACUUGAGAUCUACCAAUUAUUACGGAGUACUUCUGGACAUUUGAAGAACACAACAUUACCAAUUACUGUCGCUGCAAAAACAAUCCACUGGGGUCUAACACCAAUACUGGAGACUAGAACCAACACAAGUACCAACGAGGAGAACGAAAAACCAUCAAAUAUCAUAAAGGACAUUUCAUUUAAAGAAAUCGUGGAAAACUUGAAGUGUAUCUACAAAUGUGAUACUGAUUGUACUCUCUGCGGGUUGCCAUUGCAAAAUGAGGUGCUGAUCCAAGAUGGCGGACUAUGGGUUUUCAGAUGUGGCCACAUAUUUCACGGUGCGUGCUUAGAUUUGAAUAAAGUUAAACUGUGUCCGUCUUGCCCUAAGUUCGUUUAAUGUGUUCAAGUUUUUAACUCCCUAUGGCAUAAGCACCGCGAUCUAUAGGUACAUAUAAUAAAAUGGAAGAAAAGUCAGUCUGUACAUUGAAUAUUUUUUUUAAUAGAAUACUUGGGGUGUGAUCUACAAUCGAUACCGAAACGGGAUAAAAACUGUAUGUCCGGGAUAAACUCAAAAAGUACUACAGGGAUAUACUUCAAAUUUAGCACGAAUAUUAUUAAGAAGUCGGGUCCACAUAUAGACAUAUUAUCACGAAACUACCCCUAAGGGUAUACGGGGGUUGGAAAUUUGUAUGAAAUUUCUAUGUUUUUGAAGUAAGAGACUUGAAAUUUAACAUGUAUGUUCUAUAGAUGGUGUAAAGGUGUACUAAUAAUGUAUCUUUAGAAAUUAAACCCCUUUAGGGGUCAAAAAGUAUGUGCAAAUAAUUAACCGCUAGUUAGAAGUAUAUGUAGGGCCAGCGACUUCGUAUAAGUAUAAAAAAUAUUUUCCCAUGCAAAAUUAUACACCUUUUUCACCCCUUUAAACGAUGGUUUCUGCAAUAAAAAUUAUCAUAUGUUUUUUCCAGGGACUCCAACUAUCUCUUUACCAAAUUUCAUCUUAAUCAGUUCAGUGGUUUAAGCGUGAAGAGGUAAGAGACAGAAAGACGCACUUUCGCAUUUAUAAUAUUAGUAUAUAUGUUGAUUUUUGUCUGUCUUGUGUAAAAAGUACAAUUAUUUAAGUAUUUUUAAUGAUUAAUAUGUAAAAACUCUUUUUUAUCACUUCUAAUGGUCAAACUCCAUAGUUAUUAUACAAUUGAACGUCAUAAAAUAGUGAUACAUAUCAUAUCGCUAUGCUCAUGCUAGACGGGUAGGCUUUUCAUGUUUUUAUGUAUUUAUUUAUGUUAUAAAUAGUUUUACACGGAAUGAGUAAAAAUCACGGAUUAAAUUUUUUGUAAUCUAUAUAAAAAUUCUCGUGUCGCGGUGUGCGUAAUUGAACUACUCCGAAACGGCUCGACCGAUUUUCGUGAAAUUUUAUAUGCAUAUUCUAGGUCUGAGAAUCGCACAACGUCUAUUUUUCAUCCCCCUAAAUGUGAAACGGUGGUCCACACUUUUUUUUGCGCAAUAUUUUUUGUUUUUGUUUUUUUAUGAUACAUCAUACAAAAAUACAUACAACCCUAAAUUUUCCUAUCCAUAUUUUUAUGGCGAUACGGAGUUCGCUGGCUCAGCUUCUUUUUAUAUAAAACUCAUAUUUCAUUAAAACUCUCGCCGAUUCAAAAACGAAGCGAAAAUGUCAAUGUGAGGCAUUCUCUCCCUCUCGCUCAUUAUUCCUAACGGGUUAUGCGAGAGGGACAGAAUGCCUUGUGUGGUCCUUUUUGAUUUGUUUCUUUACUAUUGUAAGUUGUGAGAACAAGAACAAACACCUAACUAAUAUUCAAAUAAUAAAACUUAAAAAUCAAUCUUAUUAUUGCUGUAGCUACGACAGCUAAGAACGAAUUUUGAAUUUGUAUUUUUUUUUUUAAUUUCUACAUAUUUAUCCAAAAAAUAGAGAUAUGCAAAAUCAGUAACUUGAAAUUGUUAUUAGAUAUUUUUUUAAUGUACCUCUAUUUGUUAUGUUUAUAGUUAUCCUAAGUUGUAUUAUUUAUAUGAAUGAACUUAACUUUCUAGAUCAUGUUCAAAAUCUUACUUCAGGACAAAGAAAUCGAGUACACGUUAUUUUUAUUUAAUAGUGAUAAAAUAGAUUUGAAUGUGUAAAUUAUAAAGUUUACCUUGAACAACUAGGUCUAUAUUUUAUUUUUAACACUGAAAUUAGCAAUAAUAUGUGUUUGCUGUUCUAUUGUUUCACCGUAUAUAAUUUUUAUUCCAUUUACAUUACGAAACCCGUAAAAUUUUAAUUACUAAUGUUAAUAUAAUAGCGCAAUGCAACUUAGAGCGGACGCGUGCUGAGAGACAUUUGAGAAAUAGGAUUUGAAAAGACUAUUGCUGUCACGUAUUGGGAAAUGCCGUGUGAUUGGGACAAAAGUAGUUAACGCUGAAAAUUGCAUAUAAAAAUUGCAAAGUAGGGAGUUUUACUCUCGACAAUAUCUUCCCCGAAAAUUAGAUAUAUGUAAAAGAAAUUUUACACAAAUAAUAAUGAGUUGUACUAUGCCUCUGUUUUUUUUUGUAAAUGCUUAUUAAAUCUUCAUACUAGACGUUUUAGUGGUGAUAAAAAAUUGUCUAUUUUGUCCUUUUUCGAGGGCUCCUACCUUGAAGCUUCUUUGAAACACAAGUUAUCGAAAAAAGGAAAACAGGAGCAUAGAAUGAGUAAAAUUAUAUUUUAUGUAUGAAAAUCAAUUCUUUAGUGAUAAAAAUCAGAAAGGAAUAAGUCUAGAACGUUUGUAUGGAGGAAACAUUGCGCGCCUCUCCUCUUAAUUCUGUACCUAUUAAAAUACAGACUCAGUAUUAUAGAAAACAUAAUUUUUCCGUCAAAGAAAUAUAUUUUAUAAUCAUUGUAUACGUCUCAAGUGCAUAAUAGUGUGUAAUGUUAGUUUUAUUUAUUUAAUGCAUUGCUAAAGGAUUAUUAUAUAAAAAUAAUAGCUUUCUGCGCACUAUUACUAUAUACAAACUUUAUAACGCUUUAAAUGGGAUACUAAGAUUUUUUCUUCACGUAACAAAAUAUAUAAAUAAUAAAAACAAUUCAAAGCAUUUUAAAUCAUUAAUAUACUCAUGAACACUUUGGCGUUCAAUUUAAUUACAAAGUUUAUAUAUAGUUGUUUAAUAAAAACAAUUAUGAUAUUUUAUAUUUUUAAACUGCAUGCGUUCUAUACGUUUAUAUUGUAUUAAACUGCCCAUGUAACAAGUUAUAACCUGCUAACCUGUGAGCAUGAGCUCCAAAAAUCAAAUCAGUACUUUAUUAAAAGAUCUUUAGAAAUUUUUAUAUCGAAAUCAUUUUAACAGCUCUUUUGCGCUCGAUUUUCAUCCUUAGAGAUUAGGUGCGGGUUAUUGUGGUUAAACUUAUAUUUUUAUGAUCUUUAAUCGAAAUGGGGAAGAAAAAUGACAAUUUAUCCCGUGGUAACUGUGUAGUUCACACAGUUCGGCCUCCUAGUAGAUGUAAACGCGAUAUUGCUUCCUUAGGCGGAACCAAAUGACAGUGUGACGUCAUAUUCUAUAGCAAUUUCAAAGCAAUGUUAGGCGGUUGAGGAGCUCGAUGGCGCAGGUGGUUAGCGUGUUCGGUUGCGAUUGUUGAAGUUAAGCAACUUUUGCAGUGGUCGGUCAUUGGAUGGGUGAGCAAAAAUCUUCUAUCUCGAGUUCAUCCGAAUGUGUUUCGGAAGGCACGUUAAGCCGUUGGUCCCGGCUGCAUUCUGUAGUCGUUAGCACUCGCCAAUUCUGGGCCCGCGUGGUGGGUCAUGGCCUAAUCUCCCUAUUCCAUCCAUAGGGAAUGCCUGUGCCCCAGCAGUAGGGACAUUAAUAGGCUGAUGAUGAUGAUGAUGUUAGGUGGUUGACCCGCUGCAGAACACCACGCGUCCUGCCCACCCUCUCAGAAGGCAAUGUCUUUAAAACGUGUAGUACGUGACUGACUUGGUUUCCAGAUGUGAGGAGGAAGGGAAUUCAAUGUAUUCCUGAAAGUAACUCAAAUUAUAAAUAUUUUUUAUAUCGGUUAUCUCGUAAUACGUACUGAAAUUUAGACACGGGAUAAAUUGUCAUUUUUCUGGUGUGGUGUGGUUAAUAUAGUGUGAACUGUCAUAUAAUUUCGAAUCCCUUCCCGCCACGUUAUCAUGUAGACAAUAUUACCGUGUUAAUCGGAUGAGAAAUGUCGGAGUGAUCUGUGUACAUACAUAAAAUAAACAUACCGACUUAAUUAAGAACCCCCUCCUUUUGAAGUCGCACAAAAAGUUGCACUCAGAGUGUAGGUUAAGGCCUUGAAGUGACAGGCUUGUCAAGAACGUCGAAAGCGCCAUCUGUAAUGGGCUUUACGUUUUAUUCCCCAUUUACCCCAAUCCUGAUCUCAAGUGUAAGUCUUGUCCCGGGGGUCAAACGACUAACAGGAUUGCUAUCGCUAUCGCUUACGAUUUCCUAUUGUUAUCCCUGACCGCCGAAGGUUUUCAAAUGCCUCGCGCUAUUUUGUUUUUCUUUUGUAUUGGUAAUAACAAUACUAAGAAAAUGAGCGCGAGGUAUUCGAAAACCUGAGGCGGUCAGAUAACAAAACUAAAUCCUAAACAAUAACGAUUGCCAUAGCAAUCCCGUUAGGCAAUUGGCCCCCAGUCCUGGUGAAGUUUAUUAACGUUAUUCAGUCUCAGCUUUUAAUAAUCUAAUACAAAUUAACUAACUACUGGCAAUAAGGUAGAAAACUCGCUAGCAGGUAAAAUCAGUCGUAAUUAACAAAGAUUUGAUUUCUUCAACGCAUAAAGAGACAGUUCUAUAAGACUCAAUUGAGAUGCUUGUUUACAUAAUGUUGUUUAUAAAAACCUAUAGACACAUUUUUUUCGUUUUUUUAUCAACACCUAAAAUAAAUAAUAAUGAAAAAUGAAUCUAAAAUGGCGUGUUGAAGAAGAUAGAGUGAAAAUUCCUUGCAUCACUAUUUUAAAUGAUGAGUUAUUAAGAUAACUCCAUCAACGAAUAAGAAAUGAUAUACAAAGCAUUACUACUAACAAAGGUCGCUAAAACAUGCUUCCAAACUCGUACAACCAACUUCAAUACUAACGCGACACGCACGCAGCCAAAACGAAAUAUUUGACCAAUCAAAUAUCUGCAAAUGCAUUCGGUUAUCCAUUCAUUGGGUAAAAUAAUGGUAAGCGGAAUUUUUAACCAAUCCCAUGAUCGGCAUGUUGAUCGCAGUUCUUUCGCCCCGCCCACUUGAUCGCAAUUUUUUCGCCACGCCCACUCGAUCGCAGUCUGCAUGGAACCACUUUUUAGCGCAGUUCGUAUUCCAUAUUAUUUCUAAUUCGUUGAAAUUGAAAUAAUUAAAUGCACUUACUUCACAAUACAGCUAUUAGCUUAGCAAAAUUUGUUUUGUUAUUUAACAAAGAGUGUUAAUUAUCUACGUAUAUUUUAGUGAUAUUAGUGAGAAUCGUGUUUGAAUGUUGAUAUUAUAUUUAAUUAUAUUUAUGUUAAUAAUUAAGCUAUAGAAUUACAUUUUAGUAGUGUUUACCAGAAAAAUAAAACACCUCGCCAUAUUGCGGAGAAAUAUGGAACUAAUUUUCAAUAGAACUUUGUUAUUGCGAUGUACUGCAAAGUGAGUGGGGCGCACCGAAUCUUGGAAUUUUAUUUCUCUGGUAAGGCUUAAAUUACUGAGAAGGUAUACCAAAAAAUCUAUUUAGAUAGCUAUUUAACAAUAUUGAAAAAUGUACUUAAAACUGUUUUUUUACUAACGAAUACUAUUAUAUUGGAACAUGUUGUGGAUUUACUCCGCUUCUAGCUGGUAUAUAAAUAUUAUUAAUUACCAUUAUAUCGAAGUAAGUUAUAACUGCAUAACUGUCGCACGUCCGUACUCAAAGAGACACCAAUUAACUUUGAAGUAUGAUUCAAGAUAAACAGUGCUCUUUCGUAAGAUGUAUUAUAUUAAAUAAAACAAGUUUCAGCGGGUUAAAUGCACUGAUUUUAUUUAUUUAUUUAUUUUGUUUCCAUGAUUUAACAUAAGAAGGAGAUAGAAAGCCUCUCUGAGUUUGUUUCGCCAGUUCUUCUAAGAAAGGUCUCCCAAUUUUGGAACCGGUGGUAAUUUACGGUAUUUAGGGCCAAAUAAAUAAACUCAAAAAUAUAAAAAAGAAUUGAAAAAAGUACUUCGUUAAUUAAAUUAGUUAUUAAUAUACAUAAAAUAGUUAGGUAAUAAAAUUCAUACAUAGACAAUGAAGUUUUAAAAAUAUUCUAAUGAAAUAUCCGAACGCUCAAUAAAAGUCUUUCGAAAAUAACUUGACAAAAUAAAUAAAAAAUAAUUAUUCCGACGACGCAUUCCUGCAAAAGAUGCAAAACGUCAAUAAAUAAAUAAAAUCAGUACAUCUUACCCUUGUUUUAUGUGCGUGGAAACCUAAGAAACAAAUAUGUAUUAUGUUACAUUAAAUUUAUUUGAUGUCUAUGAGUAAUUACGAAAAAUGAAGACGCUAUUAUAGUAACGUAUGUCCGCCAUUUAAGUAGCGAAUAACAAAAUGGCGAUUUGUGUCAUAUAUAAAGAAGCAUUGUAAAUAAUGUACAAAUUGAAAAUAUUUUUGUAAACGCAAAUAACUAUUUAGCCAUAUCAUAUCUUUGUAUACUUAUUAUAUACUGUGUAACUUUUACCAAACUUAUAGAUUAUCUGUGUUUUUAUUAAAGGAAAUGCGAUAUGAGAUUUGUGUACAGUGCGACUAACAUCUUGUGGUGCGUGGCCGAAAUAAGAACUAAUUUUAGAAAGGCAUAAAGAAGCCUUUUAACCCUAGAAAAAGGUGUAAAUAAAGCUUCUAUUACGUACUCUUUCCGAGUUGCUGUCCCCUUUAGUGAGGAGAUUUUAACUUUAGUAGGGAGAUUUUACCUUUAAUGAGGAGAUUUUACCUUUAGUGGGGAGAUUUUACCUUUAGUGGAGAGAUUUUACGUACUUAGUAAACCUCAUUUCACCACUUGUUCACCAGCAGCGCCCUCCUGUCAAUGUCAUAUAGACGCCACAAGAUCUAGAUCGCACUGUAACAUGGAAUUCGCGGCUGCCAUUUUUUUUCGUGUAGUUGCCAUAGAUAAAAAUCUAUUAAAUGUUUAAUAUCAUUUAAAAACUUAGUAGAAAAUAUACAUGUAUAAAUUAGUUAUAUUUAUGUGCAGUAAAUUAUAUGUUUAUUUAAACGUAGCGUUAAUUUGUUAAAUAUAUUUUUGCUACUCUAAAAUCAUGCAGAUUUUCCUAUAAUUUUUACUAUUAGAACCAUUACUUAUGUGUAAAUAACAUCCAAAAUUGACAACUGAUAUCUUUAAUUAAUUUUAAAAGCUUAUCCUAUUUGUACUUACACUAUCUAAAAAACAAUUGAAGAAAGUCAUUUGAGAAUGCCUUUGUAAUUUAUUGUAAUUGUUUCCUGCAUAACUUAAUUGUGUGUAUAGUGGUAGCUUACAAAAAAGAUGGCGACGUAAAGUUAUACCGCCUUAUCAUUUACUGAAAAAAAUAAAUGCUUUAUUCUCGAUUAAAAGACUUGUUUCAGUUGAUAUCAAACCACAUGAAAGAGAUAAUAAGAUCCAUUACCUUAUAUAUCGGCAUGUUUUUUUUUGAUAAUUAGUUAUAAGGGAAU